AAGCCGUUUGGUUCUAGGAUGGGUGCAGGUCCAAUGCCCUCGAUGCGGGGGUGCGCCUGCCUCCCCACCCGCACAUACUUCUGACACUCCAUGCAGUACGCGCUCGCGAUCCGCUGCUACAUAUCGCUGGUCCGGCGGAGACGGUGGGGUUGGGCAGGCCGUGCUCGGCGGCGUCGCUGGUGAGGCCGGGGGCGCCGCCGCUGCCGCUGGCGGGGCCGCGCCUGGCGACGUCGUGCCGACGCCGUGGUGGAGGGAGGAUGCCAACACCCAGAUGCUGCAGAUCCCCCCGACGUGGCGCCACAGCCAGGAUCGCACAGGAGGCCGGCGUGACGGCGCGGGGCACGAGGCGAGGCCCGAGAAGGAGGUGACGGCCAUCGUCACGCACGCCGGCAAGAACAGCCAGGAGUUCAUCGAUAUGGCCGUGAUGCUUGCCGUCUCGCUGAAGCGCCACGUUCCCGACUACCCCCGGUUCGCCAUCGCGGUCAGGGGGAUGACCGAGACGAACCAGGAAACGCUGUCGAAGGCUGGCUGGACCGUCGUCCUGGUGGACGACUGGAGCGAGCUGCAGCAGAGGGAGAAAGCCUCGCUGGUGCCGCCGGUGCAGCUGAAGCGCAACGGCACGGCGGGCGCUGCCCCGCCACCCGGGCUGGCACAGCGAGGGCUGGAGCUCCUGGCGUACGAGCCGAAGCACGACGAGGACAGGUUCUUCUGGCGUUGGGCGGACGCUUUCGAGAAGCUCAACAUGUUUAGGCUGCCGUUUGGCCGCGUGUUGUAUUUGGAUGCGGACACGUACGUCAUGAGCGAUCAGUUGGGCUUCCUUUUGAACUCCACCACGCUGCCCGACGGCAACAUUGGCAUGGUGCACGACGGGUGCAGGACGGGCGCAGCUCAGGACGGUGAGUACAACUCUGGCGUCAUGCUCUUCAAGCCGCACCGCGGGAUGUUUACGAAGAUGCUGAAGGUAGUCGGAGGUGUCAUGAGCGGCGCGUUGGAAGAGAAGCCCGAUCAGCCGAUCAUCAACGAAGUUUACAAGGGCCGGGUGAGCGCGCUGGACAGGAAGUACAACUGCAUAGACCUUACUGGCCGGACGGCGGCUGCCGAGUGUGCCCAGAAGUGCAAGGAGGUGGUGGUCGCUCACUUCACCGGCCUCCCAAAGCCAGCCACCGCCGACGCGAAGUUCCUCGACAUUGUCCGGAGGCCCUACUCUCCGAUGCUGCACUGCUUCAACACGAACCACGGCUCGUGCGGCGCCUGGUCGGAGUAUUACUGCGACGUCCGCCAGAACAGGCGGGCGCUGACCAGGAGGCUGCGGAACACCGUGGAGGCCACUGGGGGCUGCUGCCAUACCCCUCGGCAGGCGGACGACCCUCCCGAGUGCCGCGACGGGUGUCCGAGCCAGGUCAGGGUGGACGGCUGGAUGCCCGUGGCAGCUGUUCGCGGCGUGUUCAACAAGACCAACCUUCCUUCCGACCCGAUUCUGAACGCGGGACGGCCCAUUUACGUUGGCCCCGCAAUAGCGGCGGGUGCCGAUGUCAACGGAUCAAUGUCGUACAUCUGGUACUUGAAGCCGUACGGGAAUUGGGUGAUCGGUUUUGAUUACACGACGACCGUGGACCUACUCGCACGAGCGCGCGUCGUGCCCCUCGGACACCAGCGUGUGGAAGAGCGUGCAGGCGAGGAAGGUCGUGAACACGACGGUGUCCGUCGUCCCCGACAGCCCCAUCACGGCGGACAUGGUGCUCGACUUGAAGUCUAG